ACGUAGUCCAAAAUAUCAAAAUUUUCGUGUAUGUAUAUCUCGCGGUACGUUCAUAAAUUGGUUACGUACGUGAUUGAAUGCGCGUAUGCGCAGAACAGAGGACGCGUAUUAUAGCAUCGUUUGUUCCGAGAGACUUCCGAAAUCUCCCAGACGAUUUUAUCAAAUCCCCGUCGCUUUAUUGUCAUCCGUCUAGCUGCAAAAUUGUAAAAACCACGUGAAAAAGAUUUGCAAGGGAGCAAAAUAAAAAAAAUUCAUGUUUUAUCGAAAUGCGACUGCAGCUGCCGCAUUUAGUAGGUGCAUUCACAAAGCGAGGUUACGAGCGUACGCUAGCUGUACAGUGCGGUCGGGCUCGAAAUCACCGUGGGAAAGUACAUGAAUACCUAUAAAGCACCGACCUAUUGUGCUAGGCAGUGCGUCGCUUGUACUGUUACACGUCGACACCUGCGAUCGCGCCUGGCGACUCUGUCGCGAGUUUAAAAGCAUACCUCGCGGUUCCCAUCGCGCUCAUACGUCUCCGACAGGAGAUGUGAAUGAUGUGAUCUGAGACGCGCGAUUGUCGGAGAUUCGGGACACCAUGCAGGACGGAGGAAAGGGGGAAAACAUCGCGAGAUGGCCCGGCACAGCUUUGAACGACGAUCUGGAGUUUUGGAUGACUCGGCUUCCGGCGCCACUUAAGAAUAUACCCAUAAUACAUCUGGCGAUACCCGGUUCUCACGAUACCAUGACUUACACCAUUGAAAGGCGCAACGAUGUGGGGCCGGACGAACCUGCCUUCAUUCGAACGCUCGGCCGUUACUGCUCAGUCGUUGCCAAGCCCAUUAUUUUAAAUUGGUCUAUUACACAACGGGAUGAUAUCAAGCAACAGCUCAAUGGCGGAAUCCGAUAUUUAGAUCUGCGCGUUGCCACGAAGCCGAGAACCAAUAACAUAUACUUCCUUCACGGUCUGUACGGUGCGGAAGUCAACAAGCCGCUGCUAGACGUAGCCGAUUGGCUCACCUCCCAUGCAAAUGAGAUCGUUAUCCUGGACUUCCAGCAUUUUUAUGCCUUCACGGAUCAGGAUCAUCACCGUCUCAUAGACAGAAUAACUCAGAUUUUUCGUGGAAAAAUGUGCCCAGUCUCAUCCAGAUUCGAUCAAAUGACGCUGCAAUGGCUGAUCCAAAAAAGAUGCCAGGUGUUUGUGAUUUAUAGGAAUGUUUACGCGCGCAAUUACGCGAAUCUGUGGCCGUCCGGUCUCUGGCGUACCGUGUGGCCCAACACUGUCAGCGUGGACGAAUUGAUCGAUUUCUUGAAUGUCGAACUGCAGAGCAGAUCGUUGGACAUCGCAUUCAUAUCGCAAUGCCUCUUGACACCGGAUACGUCCUACGUCGUCAAACAUUUGUGCGGUACCCUGCAAAGAGAUCUAGUACCUCGUUGUCAGAAAGCGGUUCUCUCUUGGAUAAGCCAAAAGCGUCCUGGCCGCGGAGGGCUGAAUAUAGUCAUAGCAGAUUUUGUGUCGGAUAACAACUUUCUGUUUUCCAAAACUGUCAUCCAGAAUAAUACGAAACUUCUAAACAGUCCGUAGUUUAAUCUUAUUUCUUCCGCUUUAUAGUAAAAUACAAAUAAUAUAUAAUGGCGACUUUAGACUCAAAUAUUUUUAUCACUCUUAAUGAAAAAAUAAAAUCUUUAAAUUUAGACCUGCUUAAACUAUUCUUAUGGUCAAUAUGCUCACUUAGUGAUCACUAAUUAUUGUCCAAAAUAAUUCGUUUAAUCAUUUAAUAUAAAAAUAUUCAACUGCACACUUGACACGCAAAGUCAAAAUAGAGUUAACAAAAAAUUCAGAUUAUUAACAUUUAAACUCAAUGCAUAUAUUUUUAACUAAUUGAUCUGUAACUCAGACAAUACAUGUUUAUGCUAAGCAUAUUGUGACACAUCGCUUGGAAAACAGAUGAUUGAUUAUUAUUAUUAUGUACAAUAAAUAAUAUGAUAUCUUUAUUUCGCACUUUAUAAGCUCAAGACCGAUGUCAUUAACUUCCAUUUAUAUAAUGGAUGCAAUAACAUAAAAAGGAUUAAAUGUAUCCAAAUAAUUAUAGCAUUAUUGGAUGUAUUGAAACAAUGUAAAUAAUUGAAUAAUGUAUUUCUUGCACUUAAAUAUGAGAAAAAGAAAAUUGUUUUUUAGAAUCUCUUUUGAGUAGAGAUCUCUUUUAAACAUAAAUGCUAAUCCAAUAUCAGCAUUAAAUCAAUGAAUUUAUAGCUAUUUUAUCGUAUAACAUUUCGUUGAUAUACAGCGUUAAAAAGAGGUAUAGUAAUAUAAUAUGUAUAUAUAUACGCUAAAUUUUAUUAUUCUUGUUUCAACAGGGAAUAUCAUAUUUAAGUAUGUAAGCUGGCAGUAGGGCAAAUAAAGUUAUACGUUGCAUAACAAA